GGCGACGGAACCAAUCGGGACUCGCGAGGGCAAAGCCGAGCCUUACCUGGGCCCAGGUGCACGCGUUUGGCAUCUCUCCGCGCGCGGGAUGGAUUCGGUCCCGGAGGCCUCGCCGGGAGUCCAGGCCGAGGCCAAUUUCCCGAAAGAACCGAUGGGAAGCCAAGUCCAGAGGACGGAGGAGCCGGCGAUCCCCGCGGAGGAGCGGCGGGCUGACAGCUCCGGGAGCAGCCGGAGCCCGGCCGGGCCCGGGAAGGAGCCGGAGGGCGCGGGCCAGGACCUCGCCGAGGACAAGUUGCCGUCGCCUCGCUCCGGGUCCCUGCGGGCGCAGCCGCUCAGCCUGGGCUACGGCGCCUUCCGCCGUCUGGGGUCCACCAGCCGGGAGCCGCCGUCGCCCAGCCCCAUGUCGGCCGAGCAGCCCCGGGAUGGCGAGGGGCCCGGGGCCGAGCUGCUGCCCCGGGCCGCCCCGGGCGAGCAGGCAUCGGGCACCUGGGCGCCGGUGGAGCUGCAGGUGGACGUGCGCGUGAAGCCGGUGGGUGCGCCGGGAGGCAGCCCCGCGCCCGCGCCCUCCACGCGCUUCCUCACCGUGCCGGUGCCGGAGUCGCCCGCCUUCUCCCGCCACGCCUCCCCGGCGCACCCCCUUCUGCAGCGGGCCGCGUCCCCGGGCGCCACGCGGGGCCGAGGCUCGCCGCUGGCUGCCUCCCUGACGGAGCGCGAUCGCCACGCCGAGGGCCAGGCCAGCCUCGCCGAGGAGCGCGAGGGCUCCCGGAGCUCUCCCACGUGCGGCUGCGGGGAGCCGGGGCUGGAAAAGGAGGACGCCUGGCUGCGGAGCGCCGGGAUGGACGGCCAGGAGCUGCCGCGGGCCAUCAAGCUCAUAGGGCUGCCCAUGUACAUAAAGUCCUUGCGCUGGGCGCUGGUGGUCCUGGCUGUGUUUCUGGCUGUCUGCACGGUCACCAUCGUGGUUUUGGCCUCUAGAGCAGAAGCCGUGUGCCAGCCGUGCCCUCCAGGCUGGAUGUGGUCUGAGGAGCGCUGUUUCUACCUCUCCGCCGAAGCGCAGGACUGGGCGGCCAGCCAGGCCUUCUGCGUGGCCCACAAUGCCACCCUGCCCCUGUUCAGUCACACCCAGGACUUGCUGAGCAGACACCCAUUUACCCAACGCUCCUGGGUGGGGGCUCAUCGAGGCCCCCACGGCUGGCACUGGAUCGAUGGGGUCCCCUUGCUGUCCCAGCUCCCAAAGGAAGACCUGGAGGAGCCGGAUCUCAGCUGCGGGGGACUGGAGGAAGGCAGGCUCGUGGCGCUCAACUGCAGCUCCCCCAGGCCCUGGGUGUGUGUCCGGGGGAAGCAGUGAUUUGGCUUCUGCCUGUGCUCAGCG